CGAUCCCCUCGAUCAGGUAAGACCGGCCGCCAGGUUUGCAGAUGGGACUCGCUUCCAGUGCUUCUCGUUGUAACAGGACUCUAGUGCUAUUGCAGUGUUGUCUGGCCACUGGAAACUCGCCACAUGGUAUUUGUUCGCCGGCUUUCACGAUGUGCUCAAUGUGACCUGUAUUGAGGAAAGGUUACGUUGUGAGGAGACUGAGGUGACGGAUCUCGGAUGGAGGAUUAGUCUAGUUUUGCAUCCUACACAGAAGUGUGAUGUCAGGGUUCGUAGUGAUUACAAUACACGUCGAGACUGGGUUUAUUAGGGAUGCCAUGUGACCGGAAGUGACGUUGUUAUGGGUUGCGAGAACAGCAAGCCCACAGUGGUGCCAAAUGCACAUGUCGAACCGGAUCCGGAAGUUGUUACAAGUGACUUCAGUGAUACACAAAUAGACACCAUCAGAAGCACGUGGCCGGUAUUGUCACGUGAUGUCAUCAGAAUAGGAGCGGAAAUAUUCGUUCGUAUCUUUAUUGAUGCACCGGGUGUGAAGAAAUUAUUCGAAAAAUUCAGUGUGUACAACGUGGAUGAUCUUCGGAAGAGCCCUCAGUUCCGGGACCAUGCUGAGAAAUUCAUGCAGGUCCUUCAGAACAUCGUGGACAACCUUGAGUGCCUCGCACCUGUCACUCAGCACGAGCUGAUGGCACUCGGCGCCUCCCACGUGCUGUUCGACGGCUUCGACACCAACUACUUCGGCGUGUUCUCCAAGUGCAUGCUGGAAGUUUGGGAACAAGAGCUGGGCGAAGAGUUCAUUCAGGAGGUGAGGGAGUGUUGGAAGGCAGUGUUCGAGUACCUGGUCACACAGAUGUCCGAGGGGUAUGACAUGUGUGUUCAGGAACAGAGGAAGGGCAUCUCCACUAUGCAAGAUAAUGAACACCGGAAGAACAAAGUGCAGAGGGAGUAUGAUGUUCUACCAGAUGUAAACGCAACAUAGAUGGUCACGUGGUUGUCAAACAAUAGAAGAGCUGGAACUGCGCAUGCUCAAGUGAUUCAAUGUGAUAACUGAUGUGUUUUUUCAUAUUUAUGUUACGAGAUCCAUGCUGGCCCAUUCCUUGUCAACCAACAUAUUGAUGGGAUGUUCUAAGGUGGAACAGAAAUGCAUGUUACCACGCAGCAAUUCAUGGAUCAACUCGUUCCUAUAUGAUGGUGAACAGCUACCUUGUUCUCAAAUAAUACUCUGUGACACUCGAAUUUGUUACUUUUGUCAAGAUUUCAAAAGUCAUGCCAUUGAUAUGUAUUGAUUGUAAUGAGUGAGUGAGUUGGGUUUAACGCCGCUUUUAACAAUAUUCCAGUCAUAUCGCGGCGUGUCAGUUUAAUGUGGGAGGAAAG